ACCAGAGGAGCUUCAGAAAAGCCUGUGCUCGAGGCACCCAAGGGUGUGUCAUCUCCUCUGGCAGCAACGGUGGACUACAAUUCUCUCAUUCCUCAGAUAGGAUGUUUCUGUGGGCAGGUAGUAAAGCCACAGAUGGAAGAAAUGACCGCAGAUCCAUCUAUCAAAAGAUUCGCGAAUAUGACGUCCUGGACAAGAGGAAGACAGUGACAGCUCUGAGGGCAGGAGAGGACAGAGCCAUACUGCUGGGCCUCAGUAUGGUCCUUCUCUCUGUCAUGAUGUACUUUGUCCUGGGAAUCACCAUACUGCGCUCUUACUCUGACAGUGUAUGGACAGACGAGGCUAACUGUACUAUUGUCAACUCCACCAUUGUAUGGGAUGUAAACUGUUCAUACAGCUGUGGAGCAGAAUGCUGGAAGAGUUCCCGUUAUCCCUGUCUCCAGGUGUAUGUCAGCCUCAACUCCUCAGGAAAGGUGGUACGACUGUUGCACAACGAGGAGACGCAGGACAGCAGUCCUGAGUGCUUCUACAUCCCAAAGUGCCUUAAGGACUAUGCAGCCACACAUGUGAUAGUUCAGAACAUUUCUGAGCGUCUCAGAUCUCAGCACACAGUACAGUGUUUUGUGGACCCAACAGACAGAAUGGACAGUGCCAUCCUGACACAGAUCUAUGGUCGAGUCGCCGUCUUCCACUCCCUGUUCUGGCCAACCUGCACCUUGAUUGGAGGAACCAUCAUCAUUGCCAUGGUGAAGCUGACCCAGUACCUGUCUAUCAUGAGCGAGCGACUAAACCGCAUUAAGAGGUGAAGGGUGGGAAGGCCAUAAGUUUAAAGGGAAGUUCCCGUUAAAUGGGCACGUGGACAACUGAAGGAUCUUCAUGGGGCCAAGACUGAAAGACAAAGUGCAGGGAAAGCUGAAAUGUGACAGCUGGAAUGCUGGGAUUCUCAGUGACAAUCUAAAAGCAGCUAGAAGCAUAAUUUCUAGGAUUUGUGCAAAUGUGAAAUAAUGUUUUUAAGCACCUAUUCUGCGAUCUCUAGCUUCACAAGGCUAGUUGUUACAGGAAUAGUUCAUUUUUGAAAAUAUGCUUAUCCACUUUCUUGCCAAGAUGAGAAAAUGGACAUCACUCUCCUAUCUGUGCAUUAAAUAUGAAGCUACGGCCAACAGCCAAUUAGCUUAUCUUAGCAAACAAACUGGAAUGAUAGAGAACAAACAUCUGGCCUGGCCCUGUCCAAAGGUAACAAAAUCUACUAACACUACCAGGACCUCUGAACCUCUACUUAAUUAACCCUAUAUAUCUUGUUUGUUUAAUGCAUGCUUGCUGUUUUCCCCUGUUACCAAUCUUUGUGUUAAGCAAAAGUAACAAGCUGCUGAUAUUGAUCUUCUCUUCCAAUUCCCUCAAGAAAGCGGAAAAGUGUAUUUCCUAAAAUGUCAUUCUAUUUUUUUAAAGACACAUCUUCUUAAAGGACACCUAUUAUGCUUUUCCAUAUUUUAUGACUUAUCUACAAUGCUGGAUGUUCAUGUUAAA